AUGGAUAUUCAAACCUUGUUGAACAACCUUCAUGAAGAGUUAUCAUGUUCUGUGUGUAUGUCCAAGUACACCGAUCUAAAACAGUUGCCGUGCUUGCAUAGUUUUUUCCUUCAUUGUCUGAAUGGGAUUCAACGAACGAGUGGUAGACGAGAUAAAAUUGCGUGCCCGGAGUGUAGACAGGAAUUCAAUGUCCCUGAUAAUGGAAACCUAAAUGCUUUGCCAACAAACUUUCGUAUCAACAGCUUGCUCGAUGUAUUAGCUAUAAAGGAGUGCAGCACAACCGGAGUUAAGUGUGGAAAUUGCGACGAAAGAACCAAACAGAGCCAUUAUUGUUUCCAAUGUUACGUUUUCUGGUGCGAAGAGUGCAUUGGUCUCCACAAUAGGAUGAAAGCCAAUAAAGAUCACUAUGCCUUGGCAUUAGAAGACUUUCAAGAUCAAGACUUUGAGAACAUUUUAAAGAGGCCAGAAUUUUGUGCAAUGCCAGGCCACGAAAAGAAAGAAAUAGAGUUUUUUUGCAAGAUUUGUGAAGUAGCAAUUUGUAACGCUUGUGCAUUGACCGAUCAUGAUGGGCACGGAAAGAUUCUUCUGGAACAAGCUGCAAAUGAACGGAAGUUAAAAGUUAUGUCCGCGAUUGAAUCUCAGAGAAAAAGACCUCUAACAAAGAGAAGCAAAAUCACCAAACUUGACGAAAGCCUUAGUGAAGUUCAAGAACAAGCCGCUCGUGUGAAGAGAAACGUAAAAAAGUAUGCUGACAGCAUCAUUGCAACCAUUGAAGCAAAGAAACAGGAGAUCUUUGAUGAUGUGGAACGAAGGACAAAAGCAUCUCUUCAAAAAAAUGAAGGGCACGGAAAGAUUCUUCUGGAACAAGCUGCAGAUGAGCGGAAGUUAAGAGUUAAAUCUGCAAUUGAAUCUCAGAGAAAAAGAGCUCUAACAAAGAGAAGCAAAAUCACCAAGCUUGACAAAUACCAUAAUGAAGUUCAAGAACAAGCCGCUCGUUUGAAGAGAAACGUACAAGAGUAUGCUGACAGCAUUCAUGCAGCCAUUGAAACAAAGAAACUGGAGAUCUUUGAUGAUGUGGAACGAAGGACAAAAGCUUCUCUUCAAGAAAUUGGAAAGCAAAAAGAGGAGUUUGAAGAACAGGCUAAACAACAUGAAUCAGAAAUAAUAGAUACUGAAACCCUUUUAAAGCGAAGCACAAGCGCUAAACUCAUGCAGCCGAACGAGCAGAUGGACAAAAUAUUAAAGGAAGAAAAGAACCAAGAAGACAGAAGUGAUCGUGAUGACUGUCCAUUUCAGAAAUUUGAUUUUGUGGAGAAUCACAAGUUAUUUGAUCUCGUAAGCGCUGAACAAAUUGGUUCCCUUGAAACAAGAGCGCAACAAUCAAGUGCUGAUGGAAAAGGAAUCAGUGAGGCAAUUGUUGGACUUGAAGCACAGCUUGUCGUGACAACAAGAAACAAGAAAUGCCAAUCGUCUUACAAUAAUAAUGACUGUGUCACACUAGAAAUCAGUAAUCGGCAAGGCGAUAACAGCGCAGCUGAAGUGCAAGUCCAAGAUAACAAAGAUGGUACUUACAAGAUCAAAUAUUUUGCCAAAGAAACAGGAACAUGCAGUGCAUCAGUGAAGGUUAAUGGAGAACAUAUCCGUGGCAGCCCUUUUGAGGUUCAAGUCAAACCCAGACAGUUCAGACCUGUGUUAUCUUUUGGAGAACAAAUAUUGAAGAAACCUUUUGGGGUAGCAGUUAAGUGGCUGUCCACCUAAGAGCGGUCCGGCGAGUUUGGGAUCGCCCGUAAACCUUCCCUUUAGUUUUUGUGGGUGAAAAGGACUUAAUGAGGAAUGAUUAAAAUCGAGCGAAUUUUUUUCAAAAUCUUUUUCUGUGCUUCGCUACAGCAUAAAACUUCUUUCCUGUCUGAGAGCGCUUUUUCAACUUUAUUCAAUGGCCAAAAUUCAGUAAUUUUAAAAGCCGCGCUUCUUCGUAACGGAUAAAUGUCGCGAAAUUCUACAUAGUACAAUGGAUUUAGCUGCAUUUGACGUGUCCUACGACGGUAUCUUGGAUAAUUUGACGCAAAAUUAAAUAAAAUUAAUAAGAUCAAAGACGAGCCACUUUACCGUUUUUUUCUCCCUUGACAAAUUCCUCCAAAGUACUGGAGCUAAAAUCUCCAAAGCGGUACAAAAAUCACGGGCAAAAUGUACUUCACAGCAAAGAUCUGACCUUAUUCUGUUAGAAAAUAAACUCAAAGGUGCGGGUAUCAUUCUGCGUCGGACGCGAACAAGCGUUUUUGAGAGCUCCUUUUGUCGAUAUUUACCUAAAAUUGCAGGUUUGGCGCCUACAAUUAAACUCAUAUGAUAAGGCUGAUAUUUUUCUCACGGGGCAGAAUCUUGUUUUGGUAUGCUUCGUCAAAAUAACGCACAUUUGUUGUUUUGUAAGCCAUCUUAGGCCUGCAAACCGGCAUAAAAUGUCAUAAAAUACAUGUAGGAAUUCUUCAUCUACUCGUACAUUAUGCAAAUUUAAAAGCUCAUUUGCAGCGGGUUGUCGAUUUCAGCAAUUUUCAAAAUCGUAAAGAAUACAAUUCACUUCUGCUCAAACGAAGCCCUUUUUGAGUUUGGAGUCUCAGCAACUAAAAGGCUCUUUAAUAAAGACUGAAUUCAGCUCAAUUUCCUUUUGGGUUUUCUUCAUGGUCAUAUGCUAAUUAUAGGGAUUGUUGUCACGCAAUGAAAGCGGAUUUGGAGAGUUUGUAAAGGAGCAAGCAAGUUGAUGCCUCUUAGUCAAUGUAACAGGUGAGCGUUAUUACGGCUCAUUCGAGGCGUUGUCACUUAACGAAAAAAAAUAUUACAGAGAGCGAACUUACUUUGCAGCGGGCUGGGUAUUUGGUAAAACUGCGCAACAAGGUGAAAAAAUGUUUGCUUGUCCGAUACAUCGUGCGAACCUAGGGAAGGACUGGGGUAAUCCAACUGGCCGCACAGAAUGUCGAUAUCCAGACCAUAAGGGAAAACAGACUUGUGUAAAAAGUGACAGAGUGUCGGGGUCAGACUGUAAAAAUUGCCGCCAACCGAGAAACUUCCAAAAUCUCCUAGUGGUGUCUGCAAAUUCGAGGCUAGCGGAUGGGCGGCUACAGAAAUUAAGGGAAUUCAAAUUCAAAUCAUGUCAAAUGCUGGAAACGGAAAAAGAAACUCAAAUGGAAUAUGAGAUAAAUUUCUAUUUUAAAAAGGGUAUCCAGUUGCUAAGUUUCCAAGCUGAAGAUUGAUUACAUUUGAGAAGAAUUUAAUAACCGUACAGAGUUUGAGAUUUUAACAUAGCUGAAAUGGACAACCUGGCUGUAAACAAGCACGAUUUGCAUAUCCGACGGGUUGAUCAAGAAUGUCAAUUUAUGACAUUUUUUUCGGCUUUCAUUUAUACAAACUUAAAAAGGCUAGUGAAAAGAAAACAUAUGUUCGUUAUUUUGAGGAUACACAACAACAUUCUCAGCUGCUGAGAAAAUAUCUACUAAAUUAAAGUCGUUGUGUGUGAACCGUUAAGCGGGCAAAUCUAUGCAAAUAAUGCCGAAAAGAGGCUCUUAAAAACGUUUCAUCACGUCCAACGCAGAACGAUACCCGCACCUUUGACAUUAUUUUCUGACAGAAUAAGGUAAGAUCUUUGCUGUGAAGUGCAUGUUACCUGUGAUUUUUUUACCGCUUUGGAGAUUUUAGCUUUUACUUUAGAAGAAUUUGUCAAGGGCGAAAAAAAACCGCGAAGAGGCUUGUGUUUGAUUUUAUUAAUUUAAUUUAAUUUUGGGUCAAAUUAUUCCAAAUUCCGUUAAAGGACAAGUCAACUGCAGCUAAAUCCAUUGUACUAUGUAGAAUUUAGCGAUAUUUAUCCGUUACGAAGAAGCGCGGCUUUUAAAAUUACUGAAUUUCGGCCUUCGAAAAAGGUUGAAAAAGCGCGCUCAGACAGGAAAGAAGUUUUGUGCUGUAGCGAAGCACAGAAUAGGAUUUUGAAAAAAAUUGGUUCGAUUUUAAUAAUUCCUCAUUAAGUCCUUUUCACCCACAAAAAAUAAAGGGAAGGUUUACGGGCGAUUCCAAACUCGCCGGACCGCUCUUAGGUGGACAGCCACUUAAUGAACAAGAUGAAAUUGCAGUGAGUGACGUUGGUAACCAUAAGAUUCAUUUAUUCAAGAGCGGUGGAACUCAUAUUAAAUCUUUUGGUGGAGAGGGAGCAGAACACGGUGAGUUCGACUGGCCUUCCGGAAUAGCGUAUCAUGGUGACAACAUUAUUGUAGCUGAACAGGGUAACCACAGAGUUCAAGAACUGAGCAGACAGGGGGAAUACCUUCGCCACUUUGGGGGAAGUCUUGAUCACCAACUUAACUAUCCUAUUGGUUUAUCUAUUGACAGUGAUGGCAAUAUCAUUGUAGCUGAUAAGGAAAACAAAUUAAUUAAGAUCUUUACCGCUGAUGGACAGUUUUUACAUAAACUUGGCACAAAGGGCUGUUUCACUGAACCCUAUCACUGUAUUCAACAUGACAACUAUCUUAUAGUAUCAGACUAUCGUGACCAUUCUGUAAAAUUAUUUGAUAGAGAGGGUAAGUUUCUUUACAAAUUUGGGAAGAAGGGAAAUGCAGACAGGGAGUUUAACUCACCUCACUGCUUGUCCAUGGACAAAGCAGGGCACCUGAUGGUUUGUGAUACUUACAAUCACAGGAUUCAGGUGUUUGAUCUGAGUGGGAAGUUUGUCGCUAAGUUUGGAACAACAGGAAGCGGGAUGGGAGAGUUUAAUGUACCGGUCUCAGUAGCACUCUUAGUGAUGACAAAAUAG